AUGGUCGGCGACGGAAAUUUAUUGGAUGGUGGAAGAGUUCCUGCUGGAGGUGCUGUUGCUGUGGCUCCGAUCGCGAUGCAGUCUACUUUUACAGUCGAGCCAUUUGAUCGUCAUAAAAUGAAAUGGUCUCGAUGGGUUGAACGAUUUGAGGGUGCUUUCCUGCUUUUCGGAGUUCGUGAUGACGCGAAGCUGCCGAUGCUGCUACACUACAUGGGUGCGGAAACAUACGACGUUGUUUCAGACAAACUGGCGCCGGAAAAACCACAGACUAAAACAUACGACGAAAUAGUGCAAACUCUCGAAAACCAUUUCAAUCCGGAACCACUGGAAAUAUUGGAAAACUUUCGUUUCAAAUGUCGGAAACAGUGCGACGAACGUGCAGAUGAGUCAAUCGAUGAUUAUUUGAUUGCCCUAAGGAAGUUGGCCAUAACCUGCAAUUUUGGCAACUAUUUGAGUACUGCGUUGCGGAAUCAGUUCGUUUUCGGAAUAAAGGACCGUGGAAUCCAAGCACGUCUACUGGAGGUACGUGGCCUUACAUUGGAUCGAGCGCGAGAGAUCGCGGUAUCGAUGGAAGCAUCUGCGAAAGGUGGACAGGAGAUCCACUCACGUCAGGGAAAACCGGAUUUGAAUCUCGUCGAACAUCCACCUACAAAGCCUGCUAGAGGUAAAGUAAACAAAAAGUUUAUUGUCUCGGAGAAGAAAACAAAAUCGCACAAACACCCCGAUACGAAGAGGAGCGAAUGUUUUCGUUGCGGAAGUGCUGCUCAUUUUGCGAAUAAGUGUCCGCAUAUAAAAACUACAUGUAACUACUGCAAUGUAACAGGUCAUUUGCAAAAAGUUUGCCUGAAGAAAAAAUCUGCGGAAAAUAAGAAAAGCGAUUCACAUCAGGUUGAAGAAAGUGCGACAAAUAAAGUGAAACAAGCAAGUUUGCGAGCAGAUGAAAUUUGCGGAAUAUACGAUGCUGCUGAUUUCAAUAACAAUGCAGAUAAAUUUCGGUUGGAACUUGUAUUGAACGGCUCGAAAGUGAUAUUUGAAAUCGACAGCGGAUCGCCUGUUUCGAUUCUGAGUUUAUCGGAUUAUGAAAAAUACAUUCCCGGUAUUAAAAUGCAUCAUCCGGAUACUACUCUGGUAAGCUACAGUGGCAACACGAUUGAAUUGUGUGGGAUGUGCGCUGUUCACAUAAACUACGGCGGUAAAAAUCAUGAGCUGCUGCUGUAUGUUGCGAAAAAUAAAAAACAUCCUCUGCUGGGUCGUGGUUGGAUGAAAGUUCUAAAAAUCGAUGUAAAUAAAUUUUAUGAAAACGUUCACACGAUUGCGAUUACAAAUUGUGCUGAAUCAGUGAAAAGGCUAAUCGAGCGUUACGGAAGUGUCUGUGAGAAGUCGAUGGGAAAAAUCGAAGGCCUUACAGCGAAAUUACAACUUAAACCGAAUGUACAACCAGUGUAUUUGCGAGCACGGUCUGUUCCAUUCUCUAUCCGUCAGGCGGUUGAAAAUGAAAUCAAGAGUUUAGAGAAUGACGGUGUGCUAGUCAAAGUUAAUCACAGUGCUUGGGCCACACCGGUAGUCCCGGUAAUGAAACUGAACAAUCGAGUGCGACUUUGCGGUGACUAUAAGAUUUCGGUGAAUCCAAAUCUCGUGGUCGAUGAACAUCCCCUGCCCACCGUUGAGGAGUUGUUUGCAAAUGUGGCAGGUGGUGAGAAGUUUACAAAGAUUGACCUGUCUCAAGCUUAUUUGCAAUUAGAGGUCAGUGCGGACGAUCAGGGAGACAUUUCACAUUAA